UACCGGUCUGACAACAAGGGCAGAAGCAGCUGCGUGCUCUCCUGACUUGUUGGCUCGUAAGUUGGAAAACUUCAGACAGUUUUAUUUAUUUACUGUGGUUACAGCAAAGUGUGGAGCUCUCUCCCUCAGACGGAGACUUUCAGCUCGCUCAUUAAACGUAGUCUUUCCUGCACAUGUGCAGCAGGAGCAUUCAUUGUAGUUGUGUGUCUGUGCGAGUGUGAAGGGCAUGGCGGCUCCGGUGCUGCUGCUGUUGAGGGCUCUUCGCUCCCCUGUGUCCGCGGCUUCCAGCAGGUUCUCGUCUCUGGAGCCAGUUCUCCCGCCGUCUUCAUGUGUGCUGUCCUCGGGGUGGAGGACUCCUCCUGCCCGGACAUUGCAGCUGUGCCCCGCUCUGUGUGCCGGACAUAACAAGUGGUCAAAGGUGAAGCACGUCAAGGGACCAAAAGAUGAGGCGAGGGGGAGAAUGUUUAUGAAGUUUGGCAUGAUGAUAAGAAUAGCUGUCAAAGAAGGUGGAUCUAACCCAGAGCUGAAUCUAAAUUUGGCCCACAUACUGGAGCAGUGCAGGAGCAAGAACAUGCCCAAAGCAUCCAUAGAUGCUGCAAUCAAGAGUGCGGAAAAGGCCAAACCAGCAUCUCAGCACAUGUUUGAGGCUCGGGGACCCGGCGGGUGUCUGCUGCUCGUCGAAGUCUUAACCGACAACAACUCGCGCACCCACCAGGAAAUCAAACGCCUGCUUAACAAGAAUGGGGGGAUGCUGUCAGACGGAGCCCGGCAUAACUUCCAGAGGAGGGGAGUGGUGGUUGUGCCAGGUCAGAACAUCACCACGGAGAGAGCACUGGAGCUGGCCAUCGAGGCCGGUGCUGAAGACGUCCAAGAGACGGAGGAUGAGGAGGAGAAGCCCCUGCUGCAGUUUCUCUGUGAUGUGGGUGACCUGAAUAAGGUGAGGGCCUCGUUAAAGGAGCUAGGAAUGGAGGUUUUAUCCGCUGGGCUGGAGUUUGUUGCCCGCACACACGCACCCCUGGACGAGGAUCACCUCGAUGCUGCUUCGAUUCUAAUAGAAGCCCUCAAUGACUGUCCAGAUGUAGUCAGAGUGUGGGACAACAUCCAGGCUCACAGCUGAGGACAGUCUCUGGACACUAGCUGGACACUAACUGUGGAAUAUUGGAGACAAAGGAUUUGCCAGCUGAUACCUCAUGGAUUAGUGGGUGCCGAUACUGCAUGUUAUCAGUAAGAACAGACAUUAAGAGUCUAAAAGUGUGGCUGUAUUAGCCUUAUGGAUGUGGUCUGUAUGUGGGGGGGGAAAGCCAUCCUGAAAUACACUGUGCAGUGGGAAGUGAACUGCAUCUCCAUACUGACGAAAGAAUUCAUCAUGUAGGUUUGUAAAAGUUAUUAAAAGAGGUGUUUUAA